AUGCCUUCGUUUCCUGUUGCAGACGCCUUCCCGGUCGUGGCCACGCCGUGCCACGGCGACACGACGCCCGUCAUCUCCCUGUUUGACCUCACGGGCAAAACAGCCGUCGUUACGGGCGGCAAUGGAGGUAUUGGCGGCGGCAUGGCGCGCGGCCUGGCCGAGGCGGGCGCCGACAUCAUCAUCUUCCAGGUGCCGGGCGAGACGUCCGAUUUUGCGACAACACUCGCCGCCGAGACAGGGCGUCGUGUCGACGUCUACGAGGUCGACCUGCUGCAGCCAGACCUGAUCACGGCCACCGUCGACAAGGUCCUCCACGCAGACCAGCGGUCCGUCGACAUCCUCUGCAACUGCGCCGGCAUCACUGGCGGCUUCGUGCCCGUCCUCGACGAGACCGACGCGCACCGCGAACAGGUCGUCCAGAUCCACUUCCACGCCGUCUACAGCCUGUCCCAGAAAUUCGGCGCCCAUUUUGCCCAGCGCGGCCGCGGCGGCAAGAUUAUCAACAUUGCCUCGCUGGCGGCCCAUCGGGCCAUGACGCGGUUCUCCGUCUACGGCCCCAUCAAGGCGGCUGUUGCUCAGCUGACCAACUCGCUGGCGACCGAGCUCGCCGCCUACCACGUCCAGGUCAACACGCUGACGCCCGGCUGGAUCCACACGCCGCUGUCCCAGAAGACGGUCGACAACCCAGAGCGCAGUGCCCAGAUCGUCGCCGAGAUUCCGGCCGGGCGCUGGGGACGGCCCGCCGACUUUAAAGGCGUGGCCGUCUUUCUGGCGAGCGCCGCGAGCGACUACAUUACCGGGGCAGAAAUAUUCGUGGAUGGCGGGACGCACACAAUGUGA